GCCAUGACCAAAGAUUUUGACAUGGAACAUCUGAAUCAUCUGAUAUUCUACCUGUCAAGAGCGCCUCGAGAAACGUAGUCGUGCAUGCAUUUUGACAACGAUCGAAGGCAAUUUGUCAGUGUCUAUAUUUAUUAUUUGUACACGAAACGAUUUGUUUCUUUGGACUGAUUCGCGCUGCUCCGACAAUAAAGGAGAGGCGACCACUCCAAUUAAUUGUUCCCGAUCGACGACUGCAAUAAUACACAUUGUCGGCGUCGUAUGACAUUCAUCGCCGGACUCGUCAUCGUCCAAAAAUACCGGUCGACGGCAGAGAACGAUCGAGAGGGAAGACCGCACGGCUGAUUCUAACGGAGCAAUAUCGUCGAAGACAGUUCGACACCACCCACCCACGAUGGACAAGACAAAGCUGGUGAGCAACGACCUGGAGUUGCCGCCGCUGCGCAGCUUGGACGACUUUCUGCUGGAGUCCGCACGCUUUCAACUACCGAAUCUCAAAGACCUCGAGAAAUGGGGCAACCGAGUGGUCAACAAUCUCCUGUACUAUCAGACUAAUUACUUGUUUACAUCCGUUGUAAUCUUCCUCAUUGUUGGAUUGAUCCAUCCAGUGAAAAUGCUAGUUGGUAUGCUAGCAAUGAUGGCAAUUUUGGGUACGUUCGCUUAUGUAUCCAUGGAAGGAAGCACAAUACAUAACUUCAAAAGGCAAUAUCCUGUUGUUGGAGUAUUCUUUAUAAUAUUCGCUGGAUGUUUCAUAACAUAUACCUUAGGAUCUCUUUUAGUUUUCUUCCUGGGCAUUCUGUUACCUGUCUGUGUGACAUUUGUACAUGCUUCACUGAGAUUAAGGAAUAUCAAAAAUAGGAUUGCCAAUAAAAUCGAGGGCAUUGGUUUGAAACGUACGCCGAUGGGUGUAUUUCUGAAACAUCUGGAAGAUGUGACUGGUAUGACUUUACGUGCACAAACAGCACUCAUGCAACCGCCUCACUAAUACCUCGCUUUGUACAUCAAGUUAAGGUUCAAUAGCAAAUUGACAAAAAUUAAUGUCAAUAACCAUUAAUGUUUGCUGCUACUGCUGUUUUAAUUGGACUACAGUGUUCCACAUGUUAUCGUAGUGAAAUAAAUCUUGUAGCAUUUGUAGAAUAUAAAUUUGUAGCAAAUACCUGUAACUGGAA